UCAUUUUUCACCUUCAUAUCUACCACAUGGACCAUCCAAGACUCAUUCUCCUACUCUUCCUGUUCCUGUUCCUACCCACCAGCUUCUCUUUCACAUGUCAAACUCCUUCAAGCAAUGGAUUUUCGAAUCAGAGUUCUUCUCUGAAGCAGCAGAUUCUGGAGCUGGCUAACAGUGCCAGCACGGUGAAAUGGAUGAAGGGUAUAAGGAGGGAGAUUCAUGAGUACCCUGAACUUGCGUAUGAAGAGUUCAGAACAAGUGGUAUCAUAAGGCGUGAGCUUGAGAAGUUGGGUGUUGAUUACAAGUGGCCUGUGGCUGGAACUGGUGUGGUUGCAAAAAUUGGUUCAGGGGGUCCUCCUUUUGUUGCUCUUAGAGCAGACAUGGAUGCUUUGCCUAUUCAGGAAUUGGUGGACUGGGAUCAUAAGAGCAAAGUAGAUGGCAAAAUGCAUGCUUGUGCACACGAUGCACAUGUUGCCAUGCUUCUUGGGGCUGCAAAGAUACUGCAAGAAAUGAAAGACAUGUUACAGACCACUGUUGUUCUAAUAUUCCAACCAGCAGAGGAAAGAGGCACAGGUGCAAAAGACAUGAUCCAAGAACAAGUGCUUGAAGAUGUAGGAGCUAUUAUUGGGUUGCACUUGGCACCAGAGUAUGCAACAGGUGUUGUUGCAUCAAGGCCUGGAGAGUUUCUAGCUGGGUGUGGAAGCUUCAAAGCAAAGAUCAAUGGGAAAGGGGGUUUAGCAGGAGUUCCCCAGCAUUGUUUUGAUCCAGUUUUGGCUGCUUCAACAUCAGUGAUUAGCUUGCAAAACAUUGUUUCAAGAGAGGCUGACCCUCUAGACUCUCAGGUGCUUUCUGUGGCCAUGAUCCAUGCAGGGUCUUCUCAUGACAUCAUCCCUGAUUCAGCUACAUUUGGCGGUACUUAUAGAGCAUUCAGCAAAAAGAGCUUCUAUGCACUGAGGAAAAGGAUAGAAGAGGUUAUAAAAGGGCAGGCAGAAGUAUAUAGGUGCUCUGCAGAGGUUGAGUUCUUUGGUAACGAACAUCCCACAAUCCCUCCAACAACAAAUGAUGCGAGAAUAUACCAACUAGCGCAUCAAGUCUCAAGUAAGAUUGUUGGAGAAGAAAACAUAGAACUAGCUCCUCUUUUCACAGGGAGUGAAGAUUUUGCAUUCUACUUGGAAAAGGUACCUGGCUCAUUCGUUCUUGUGGGUACACGAAAUGAAAAGAGUGGAUCCACACAUCCUGCUCACAGUCCUUACUUUUUCGUUGACGAAGAUGUGCUUCCCAUUGGGGCUGCAAUUCAUGCAGCAUUUGCUCUUUCAUAUCAUUCAUAUUCAACAAAUUCUUACUUCUUGUAAUAUAUGUAUCUACCCCUUGUACUAAAAAAAAUAUUAUAGUGUAAUAUUCUUGAGUGAUGAUAUAUAGACACUUCUAUGUAUCAUACACUCCUUCACCAUCUAUUAUUUAUUUCAAUUUAUCUUUUUCUAUAACA